AUAUUAAACACAAAGAGAAAGCAAAUUAAUGUUGCAUUAGUUGAUUAGUAUAACUGAAAGUUGUUUUUUCUAGAUAUUGUGUAGUAGUAAAUAGACAUAAAAUGCCAGAAUACAGCAUAGUUGAAUUCUUUGAUGAAAACGAUGGUUACAAAUGCGGUUACUGCAAGUCAAAAACAUCAGCGUUUUCACAAGGUAUGUGGGCACACUGUAUGAACACGGAGGAUUAUCAAGCUUUGAUUGACAGGGGAUGGAGAAGAAGUGGUUCAUACUGCUACAAACCCACAAUGCACAAGACUUGUUGUCCACAGUACACCAUAAGAUGCGAUGCAAACGCUUUCAAGAUUUCAAAGUCAAAGAAAAAAGUCGCAAAGAGAAUGAGACAGUUCCUUUUAAAUGGAGGACAGGAGGAUUUAGAUAAAUGGAAACUUCAUUGCGACAAAAACAACAAUGGUGAAACAAGCAUGUCGGUUGAUGAGCAGCCUGACAGUGAACAUUGGGCACCAGUUCCAGCCAACCAAUCUAUUAAAGUUGGUGAUGUUUCUACCUCAAACACAGAGACUUUACCAUCAGAACCAACAUCAAGUCAAUUUACUUGUGCAACACAAGAACUACCUAAAGAACCAAAUAUAGUGGUUGGAGCAGACCCUUCUAAACCUCCAUGCAAGAAAGCCAAGCAGAUUCGAUUGGAAAGAAGGAAAAAUAAGUUGCUACAGCAAGGUAAAAACCCCAAAGUAAAAUGCAAACAGCAACAACAAGCCAAGAGUUUGAAUGAAUUUCUUCCACAUUUGGAUUCGCCUGUUGAUGCCAAGCAUGGUUUAGAGGUAAGGUUGGUACGCUCAUCGCCACCAAGUGUUGAGUUUGAAUCAAGUAAAGUUGAAUCCCACAAUCUUUACACCAAGUAUCAAACCACCAUACAUAAGGAUAAACGUGAAGAUUGUAAUAUGAAACAGUGGAUGAGGUUUCUGGUCGAUUCUCCUUUAAAUCCAGGCACAGAAGGACCUGCCCAUGGUUACGGGAGUUACCACAACCAAUACUGGUUAGAUGGUAAACUGGUAGCUGUUGGCGUGGUUGAUAUUUUGCCAUCAUGUGUGUCGUCUGUUUAUCUCUACUAUGACCCUGACUAUGGGUUCCUAUCGUUUGGCUCGUACUCUGCAAUCAGUGAAAUAUCAUUCGUACAACGGCUGUCAAUCACCCACCCAAACAUUAAGUAUUACUACCUUGGUUUCUACAUCCAAUCCUGCCCUAAGAUGAGAUACAAGGGGGCAUACCACCCGUCAUACUUGUUGUGCCCUGAGUCUUAUGAAUGGGUACCUGUGGAAAAAUGUGAAGCUGCUUUAAAGGAGAAGCCGUAUGCGAGGCUGAAUGUUUUGAAUGGAGGUUCUGCAGACGCAGUGGACAAUGAUGGCAUUGUGACAUCAUUGAACACAGUUCGAUGUCUUUACAAACACACGAUAAUUCUUUAUGGGAAAUAUAAGAUGCAUAGAAACAGGGAGGGAAAUAGAACGGCUGAAAAUGAGGAUCCAAGAGUUAGGGAGUACGCACAACUGGUUGGAAGAUCUUGUGCUGAACGAAUGCUUCUCUAUAGAUCAUCUGAUUUCUGAUGUCAUUAAUAUGGUAAUAAUAAUACCUUAAACACUGUAUGUGUUUUUGAGCAAGACACUUAACAGGCAUUCCUCCAAUCCAGUGGUCACUUAUGGUUUUUUUGGUAUCUUGUUUUUUGGUAACUUGGUAUAAAAAAACAGGGUAAUUGAAUAAGUUGCCCUUUUAUGUGUGGUUGAAGACUUGAUUGGCCGUGAAUCGCUUUGUCUCUUCAGAAUCUGUUUGUCGAAUGUCAAACUUUUACUCGUUUCCCAUAUAGUAGGUUGGGGUAAGAUGGUUCAUGUUAUUUUAUCGUCUCAUUUAGGUAGUAAACAAAGAAUAUUCACAAAAUUAUAUACAACCGCAUCCUCACGUAUUUAAGGUUGUAAAUUGUUAAAAAAACGAUUAGAAAAUAUGGGAUAUUAACUGUUAGCAAUAUCCAUCUUACCCCACAGUACUAUAUAUGCAAUUAUACUUCAAAAACUUGCCGCACUUUUAUUGUGUAUUGGAGGUUAAUCAAUUAAUGAAGUGUUUCAUAUCUGCGGACCCUGUGUUUAAGUAACAAUGUCCCAAGUCAUGUCACCUGUGUUGUAACAUGCAACCAAGAGUUGGUCCAUUGUUCUAUAAUCACCCACAAAGUAAAAUACAUGGUAACUCGUAAGCUGG